UGAAGCGCUUAUAUAUACGAACUCUAUCUCCUAACUAUACCGCAACCAAAGCCAGUUCAGAAAAAAUGGCCGUGCCUCUAAUCUCGAAGAAGAUCGUGAAGAAGAGAGUGAAGAGGUUCAAGAGGCCUCAGAGUGACCGCAAGAUUUCCGUCAAGCCUAGCUGGCGUAGACCGAAGGGUAUUGAUUCUCGUGUCAGGAGAAAGUUCAAAGGAUGUGUUUUGAUGCCAAACAUUGGUUAUGGGUCAGACAAGAGGACUCGUCACUAUCUGCCUAACGGUUUCAAAAAAUUUGUUGUUAGCAACGUGAAGGACUUGGAAUUGCUAAUGAUGCACAACAGAACUUAUUGUGCCGAGAUUGCACACAAUGUAUCAACAAGGAAGAGGAAAGAAAUAGUUGAGAGAGCUGCGCAGCUUGAUGUUGUCGUGACAAAUAAAACCGCCAGAUUACGCAGCCAGGAGGAUGAAUAGUCACUUUCUUUCCGUGUUUGUAUUGAUACUUGAUAUCGGAUUUGGAUACUGUUUUUAAUUUGUUCUUUGAGUCAUUGUAAUAUGCUGUACAAUUAAAUUAUUAAUUGGUAACAUAUUUUCUUGUCUUAGUAAAUUACACUAAUUAGUGAAUGGAAAAUUUAGUUUACAACAUGCUAUUUGUGUUAAUUUGUAUAUCAAUGCCCCCGUUGUAACUUAUUUUAACUUAGUCCUAUUAAGGUUAUGCACAUUUCGAAGAUUUGCAAGGCUCCAUUACAGCCUGUGAAUUCAAAGCAUGUGCCAAAGCAAAUGUCAUUCUCUUUAUAUUUCAGAUUCUCUUGGUUUCCAUGUCUUGAGGAUUUUGUGCAGGAUGAUAGACAUUCUCGAAUUAUUCUUUUUGCUUAUCUAUGUAAGAUAUUAUUUGUUGGUGAAUUCUUGUCGCUUUUUGAUGUUCAUGAUUAAAUGCUGUGCUUAUGGACGGUCUUGUGCUGAUUAGAUAUUACAUCUGCACAAAACAUCAACCUAAGCUACACCUAAUGCUACCACUGUUAAUGUCUUUUUAAUGUUUUCCAAUUUGCAUGGAAUAACAUUUUGACAAUGGGGCAAAAAUUGU